GCCGAGCCUCAGUUUGAAAACAGCACGCGACGCGUUCAGAACGAGAAACCCAUACGCGCAAGGUGGAUAUAAUAAAAAUAAAAAAACACACAAUAAAUGACUCUUCUUCGGAGACUCAAAGACUAGAAGACACUUUUUGUGGUCAAGGAGGAUCGAACCCUUGAGUGGCAGUGGUGAAGUGCAAGCAUAAGCAAACAAACAAAUCAAUAAUAAACCAAGCUGUGGAGUUAUAUUCAAUGCUUUUUUGUUUUUGUGCCCCACAGUAAGAGUGGAUAUAGGAAAACCUCAACCUGGACAGCUGUGAAGCGAACAAAUUUUCCUUUUUUGCCGCCGUCUGUGGAUAUAUACAUACAUAUAUAUAUGGUUCAUUAAAAGUGUGGCAGAACUUUGGCACUGGCGACAAGUAACGAGCGACGACGACCUGUGGCAAUGCUCCAGCAAAUUGUGCGGGUAAUUUCCAGUUCGGUUUAAUUUGGUCCAAGUCGCAGCCAAAUGGUCAUGCGCACCGUUGGCCGCCGCUGUCAUUCGAAAGUUGCCUCUGCGUGACACACAUUUGCGGAGCAUUAGAAGCAUUCGACUCCACAUCUGGCAGACAAGUUGGAGCUCUGCCCUGCCGCAUCAGCUGGGUUACUAAUAUACACACCUAUAUAUACAUACGUGGGUAUACCCAAGGGGGCAACACAGCAACCAGGGGGUACCAAACUCUGCUCGGACCUGGCCCAAGUCCAAAGUCGCCUCUGUUGCAUUAUUCAUGCUCUUCGGCGGCAUCCACGUCCACAUCUACGCAACGGAACCGGGAACGGGAACGGAAUCCACGAACGAAGAUGACGCUGCGCUUAGUCAGCAUAUUAUCGGCGGCAUUACUACUCCUAUGGCCCGCACAGCUGGAUGCAUUUAUCACACCGAACACAGGCUGCCAUCACAAUGGCACUUGGUUCGCGGACAAAUCGGUGGUGCCCAGCAUGGAGAAGUGUCUGAAUUGCCAGUGUAACCGAAAGACACUAGUGUGUCGUCUGAAAGUGUGUCCCGAAAUGCCAAUGCCACCGCCCAGAGGCUGUGUGGUCGUCCAAAAGAAGAGCUCCUGCUGUCCGUAUCUUUCCUGCGCAAGAUUGGAUGCGUUCUACAAGAUACCCACCAAGCGUCGCAUCAUCGCGUAUCUGGAUCACUACGAAAGGGAGUCCAUCGAUCGGGUGGUCAACGAUAAUAUGCUGCAGAGACGUUCAGAUGAUUCCGACACGGAUUUGUUUGUUUGUGUGAAAAAUGGAACUGUCUACAAGUCGGGAUCUGCCAUGUCAUCUUCGAAUUUGUGCAGCUACUGCUAUUGCAUAGGUGGCACCGAAAAGUGUGUGAAGCCAAAGUGCAUGCUGCCCGUGGAGGGUUGCAAGCCCAUCUUUGUGGACUCCACCUGCUGUCCCGUGAGAUACGAUUGCAGCAGCAAAACGUCGGGGAAAUCCUCUCAGGAGGUGCGCUACAGGAAGACCUCGAACAAGCACUUUCUGCGUAUGUCACAGCGCCUGCAGCGCAAUCGAGGCUGCACUGUAGGUGCCCAGUUCUACGCAGAGGGUCAGAAGAUGCGAUCGGAUGCGGACAAGCCAUGCGACAUAUGCUUCUGCAUCCGGGGAACCAGGCGAUGUGCACCCAAGAAGUGCUCGCCGGCACUGAAGAACUGCAUCCCGGUGGUGCCGAAGGGUCAGUGCUGUCCAUCGAGUUACGACUGCGGCAGUCAGCGGGAUUAUCGUAGAUCGCACAACUCCAGGCAGUUUAAUCUGUAUAAUAUGCUGUUUGGCAAGGAGGAACCGGAUCAACAGGAGACAGCUUUAAUUCCGCAGAACUCCAUGGCCGAGCGGUAUCCACACGAUCGUCAUCCGACGAGAGCUGCUCUGGGCAAUCCCCUGGAGGUCAGUAGUGAAAAGAGCAUUAUGGACACACUACGCGAAGGCCUUGAGUUCAUAGAUGGCAAUAACAACAAAAUGCUGGCCAAUAACUUGGAUCUUGUGGGCAUAAGAACCACCCAGGCACCGCCUUUGAUGAGAACCGAAUCCAGCGAGGAGGUGAGCAGUACAACGGCACUAAGUUUCCUGGAUUUGCUACUGGGUCCCAAUACGGAAACCACGGGCCACGAAGAAAUAAGACAACCGGAAUCCACGACGCCCAAAAACACACUCUCCUGGAUGGAUAUACUUUUGGGUCCAGAUGAAGAGGAACUGGGCCCCAAAACAGAAGCCUAUUUGGAGACUAGUACCACUCUAAACAAACCGGAAGAGUUCAAUCCUUCAACUAACAGCAUUAAACGCAUUGCCGAGGACUUUGACGAGCAAUUGGACAAUGGCGAAAUGGCUGUGGGUGAACUGCCGGCAGAGGCCCAACAAAUUGGUAUCGCAAAUGCUGGAAUUUGGCCAACACCAGCCACAGAAGUAAUGCCCCCUCCAAAAGAGGAACCGAGUCUAUUCAAUGUCCUGAUAGAUGGCUUGUCUGGCAUACUCGAAGAACCACUCAAUCAAACCGCCAGCUCCACAAGUACCACAACUACCACUGAGAAACCAACCAAUCUGCCUGCACCACCCAUGUUUCGACCACUGCCAAGUAGCAAGCCCGUUCACACGCGAAUCAACUCCAAGCUGGCGAAUCUCACAGUGACGCCGCCCAUGUUGGUGGUGACUAGCAAAUAUGGUCAACCGGUGACCCACCGCACGGCAAAUAAGAGGGUCAAUGCAACCACUAGUUCAAUCAUAGCCAAGAGCACAGAGAAACCAAGUACAAGCACCACCCAGCAAACCAAAGUAGAUAGCACCAUUAAAACCACAGCAACGCCUAGUACUACGGUGAAACCCAAGCCGAGGACCACUAGAAAAACUACUACUACUCCAAAACCUGCUACUCCAAAACCUACAACUCCGAAACCUACAACUCCAAGAUCUACAACUCCAAGACCUACAAAUCCGAAACCUACAACUCCAAAACCUACAGCGCCAAAACCUUCAACAACAAAGCCUACAACUGCAAAGCCAUCUUCCGCAAAACCCGCACCCCCACCGAAAUCCACAACUCAAAGACCCACAACUCCGAUACCUUCCACUCCAGCACCCACAACUACAACAACCAGCACCACCAGCACCACAACAAAACCCACAAUUCGCACCACCAGCAAGCCAAAAUUUAAGCCAAAACCCAAACCCUAUGUUACUAGUACUCCCAAACCGCUGGUGAUCGAAACUAAUCCAAGUAUCUUGGAGGCUGAGCCACUGGACAUCAAUGGUGAACCCACACUGCCUCCUAGUCUGCCCAACCUGAAGAUUAUACCAUUCCUUCCAACCGAUGCUGUGGAUACGGUUCCCAAGGAGCAGUAUCCCACCAACUUCUAUCAGCAGAAGGUGGCUUCCGAUAAAAUGGAUGUGGUUGGCUAUGAUACCAUGGAUGACACGGUGGCUCUAUACUCACAAUCCCAGCCGGAUCAGGCUGCCUACAAGUACAAGUUCAACGUGGAAGUGCCAGCCGUGGAAUCUGCUCCAGAACCAGUGGUCCAUGUGGGUGGAAAAUACGAAGGAAGUGCGGCCUACGUCAACUUCGAUUUCGAAAGUCCUGUGUUGCCACCUCCGCACAAUGGAUUCUCACCACCCACCGAAACGGAGGGCGGAUUCAUGCCCAAGGAACCGUUGGUUAUCGAUGGCGAAAUCCUUCAGGAGCACGUCACCUCGAGUGGCAUCGGCGGCCCAGUUGAUAACUUCCAUGUGACACAGCACAUUAUCGACAUCACAACCUCGGGCGCACAUGAAAAUGAUACUGCUUCAAUAGAAAUCACUACACCCGACCCCUUCAAAGAUGUCAUACACACAGAGCCGUCGCCCAAUCUCGAUGAACUAAUCGUUGACAAGGCGAACAAAAAGCCGAUUGAAGAGCACAUCGAGACCGUCACUUACAGUGUUGGCAACUCAACAGCCUCCUCCAUAUCGUCAUCCACAAGCGGCACAGCCAGCACAUCCACAGCAACGACAACGGAAAAGGAAGCCCCCUUGAUAGAUAAAUAUGAAAUCAAUAAGUUGGAUAAGCUCUUGGAUGAGCUGCUCGGUAUGGAGUUGUCCAAAGAGGAUGCAGCAAGCAGCACAGUGCCUGCAUUUAAGCAACUGCCUACAGCAACGCCAACGACAGCAAAAUCAACAACAGCAGCAAAUGCAGCAACAGCAACUGCAACGGCAACUGCAGCAACUGCAUCAAGCACGGCAGCAACAUCGACCACUGGUCGGCCAACAGUGACGACACGUGCUCCGGCCAAAAAGGGAAACGGCAAAACGAAAAACAAACAGACCAGCGGCAAUAGACGCAAAGUCCAGAGUGGCACGCGACGCCAGAGUACACCGGCAACCACUCGAUCCCCGCCAGCAGCGACAUCAGCGGCAUUGACUGCGUCAACAACCGCGGGGCUGGCCACAACAACGGGGAGCACUCUGCAUCCAUUUUUAAACUCACCGUUCGACAAAUUACCCUUCAUGGAUACCAGCUAUGAGGUAAGACCGCACAGAUUGCAACCGCAGCAGCAGCAGCAGCAACAAGCACCGCAGCAACAAGCACCGCAGCAACAUGAGCAGCCACCGCAGCAGCAAUUCCACCAUUACCAGCAUGCAACACGACCGCCGACAGCAGCCCCACCAGCAGCGCCAUCAUCCCCGGAGGAUGUGCACCAGGAUUCUGGUUCUGGUUCGGUAGAGCGGACUGGUGGAGGCGGACUGUUGGGUGGACUCCCGGGUGGCGAUGAUCCGCUUGGUCAGUUGAAACUGGCUGGCUGCAACAUAUACGGACGCAUGUAUCGGGUGGGUCGCAUUAUCGUGGAGCUAUCCAGCCACUGCCUGGAAUGCAAGUGCACCGAGGUGGGCGUCAAGUGCGGCCCAUUAGACUGUUAAUUUAGAUAUCCCCCUACGAUUGUAAUCCCCACAGGAAGUCUGUAGCGAUUAAGUGUCAGUUUUUAGCUUUAAGUUCGUAUCGUACUACAGGGUAGUUUAGACGUUCUCUAGACCCUAAGUUGUAUUAUAGAAAAAAUGAUUAAUAUAUGUAAAAGUUAGCAUGGCAUUUAUAACAUACACUAAUUAAGGCUAUAGUUAGAUAAAAAGUACACGAAAUAUAUUUAAUAAAAUUAACAAAUAAAUCAAAAAAAUCUAAA